UUAAAUCGUGAAACUUGUUUCCAAGUGAUGGAGGUUCCUAUGCUGAUGACGACAGUUAACCAGUAGAAGGGCGGCCAUUUUUGUUUGAGGUCCUCGAGAGCGGAGAAGGGUGGAAACGGCGUCAGUUGCGCCACGCUCGCGCUACAGUUUAAACGGUUGUCAGGGCUUACCAACGGCCAGGCUCGUCCCCAAGAGACAGAGAAACUAUUUCCAGCAGCAUGGAAUGGAUGCAUAUUGUAAUCAUCACGUUGAUGAAACUAUUGCUUUCUAACUCAGAACACAUAUUGAAUUCUAAAUUUAAAGACACAACAAGAUUUAGAUGUAUAACAGAAAAAGGACACAAUUUUACAGAAAGGAUCAGAAUGUACCUUUAUUUAGAAAAAUUGGAAAUCAUCUGUAAUUUGUACCAUGUAGAUAAUAUUGAAGGAGGCGUUAUGAACAUACUUUCUCCUUUAUAUACAAGUCUGGGGCUGACUCCAAGUUUAGAGAUAUUUAACAGAACUUCCUUAAUUGCAUUCAAGUUUGAAAGAAGCUUGGUACGGAAUAAGGCUGCAUGGCAUCUGACUAUCCCUCGAGAAAGGAUAAUAAUUCCUACAGAUAUAUUUCCUGCAGAUGAAUGGUACGUGAGAUUCAAACUGCACUAUGGAACACGUUUGUUUUCAACAGAAGGAACCUUACUGGAUGUUGUGAGGGAACCUCUCUUGCAGUGGGAGCUUGGUGUACAAGUUGAAGUAGCUGAUAUAUUUCCGAUCCUACAACUUGCACAUACUCUGAUAAUUGUAAGGCGGCUUUGUGCUUCUGACAUGGCUAUUAUUGCACCUGUGUUCACCAGUCAUGAAUUGCCUAAUGCAGGUGUUUAUUUGUUGGUAACCAAGAGUGCAUUUAAGGCAGAGAAUGACAAGUGGUAUGAUGUCAAACCUAAACUCUGUGCUUUACUCAAUGGAGCUUGUGAUAAUAUUGCUCUAAAGAAUAUUGUACUGACUAAUCGACAUGUGCUACUAUUGACAACGCAUGGCCUUUUCAUAAGCCAUAACUUGCUCGAUGUAGGAAAGAAUCCAAAGGCUGUGUCCUCGGGUCCUCAUCUCUCCUGCCAAUGGAAACAUCUUCCCAAGCUCAAAGUCUUCUUCUCAACCGUCGAAUAUUCCUGCUGAUGAAUAUUUAACUUUCUGGAGAAAUAUCUGAUAGGUCUUUCUGUCUUCUCAUCAUCUUCCUGUAAAAGCACAGCAAUGACACCCACAUCACUCAUAUCGACAGCCACAUUGAAUGGCUUUGCGUAAUUAGGUGUGGUUAACACUGGGGUAGUGAUUAACAUAGCUUUCACGCUGUCAAAUGCCUUGUGACAGUUUGCUAUCCACUGAAACGUCUUGCGUUUCUUUAGCAAUUCAGUGACUGGAGCAGCCACACUGUUAAGAUUUGGCGCGAAUGUUUGAUAAAAUUCACUCAAUUUCAGGAAUUGUAGUACUACUCUUUUUGUCAAUGGUAUGGGAAACUCCUCAACUAUCCUUGUAUUUGCAUUCUGUGGGACCAUUCCAUGUCCAAUAACAUGGUCCAGGAAGGUGACUUGGACUUUGGCAAAUUUACUU